AUGGCCUCCGGUUCAUCUAGAGCAAGAGGAGGAGGAGAAGAAAGCACCCACCACACCAUCCUGCAGCAUCGGCCGGAUCCUGGGCGCCUGGGCUGCGACCCCCCAGGCUGCGGAGCCAGCACAGCCCGAUCCUGGCCGGAGCGAGGAAGGCUUGGAGAUGCCGAGGCAGUUGGCCACCGAAGCCGGCUCAGGAAAGGGAAUUUCCAACCAAAACCGCAUUUGGAGCAUUUAGAGGAGAAGCUGAAGCUCUUGGGUCUGGAAGGAGGCGGGGAGGAGAAGGAGCGUCUCUGUUCCUGGCGCAAGAGGCCGUGCGCCUUCAAGGGUGGUGCGGAAGUACCUGGAUCCCACCACGACGGACCGAGGGCUCACGGACGUCCCACUACAGCCUACGGAGAGGAAUCUGCCCCAGAGGACAAGGAGCAAAUACACAGUGACCUGGAGAAGCUCAAGAAACAAAGGGAAGAGAUUUUGGAAUUGAAAAUAAGCGGAGAGAGGCAAUGCCAGGACUAUUUGAUGCAGACGGAGGUUGAGAGGCAGAAGAUCGUGUCGGAAUUUCGGCAGCUGCGCCGGUUUCUGAAGGACCAGGAGCUCGUCCUCCUGGCCCGGCUGGGAGAGCUGGACAGAGAGAUGAUGAGGAGGCAGGAGGAAGAGGAGACCAAGAUGUCAGGGGAGAUUUCGCUCCUCGACAUCCUGAUCUGUGAGAUGGAGAAGAUGCUCGAGCAACCUGCGAGCAGAUUCCUGCAGGACGCCCGAAGCACCGUGGACAGGUGGGAGGUGGGCAGUGCUCGGAGGAUGAUGGAGACCUUCUCGGACCUGGAGAGGAGGCUCCGUGCCGUUUCUCGGCAGAACGAUGUCCUCAGAGAGACGCUGGGGAGAUUUCAAGACAUUUUGCCAUCUGAGCUGGAGAAAGAGCAAGAACCAUCUCUAGGAGGAGGUGGAAAAG